AAGGCAUAGUCUUCGGCAUUCGGACCAUUCCAGCUCACAAUGACUGAGUCCGUCCGAGCAAUAUGACCCACUUUGGAUAUGUGAUAUGGAUUUUCUUCUCCGCGUGGGGGAGUGUGUGGACUCUACCUCAUGUGAUGAAGUAUCAAACAGUGAUACCUCAGAAGCUGAAGAAUUCAUCUCACAUCACUGUUGCUGCCACCCAUCAGAAGUAUCCUGAUGUACUGAGGUACUCUUUGAGGAUUGCAGGACAAAACUGCACAUUACAUUUGGAAAGAAAUAGGGAGCUUCUUGGAAAAUCCUUCUUUGUGACACAUUAUUCCGAGCAAGGCACCCAACUAACAGCGACGCCUGCUCUUGAGAAUCACUGCUACUACCACGGACACGUCGUGGGAGUAAACGACUCCUCUGCCAGCAUGGAGCUGUGCUCAGGAUUAAAGGGGUUUGUGCACUUCCAAGAUGAGACGUACCUGAUAGAACCCCUGGCCUCACAGCAGGCUGAAGUUCACAGUGACGAGGGCCUUCAUGCAAUUUACAACUAUAAACACCUGAGAAGGAAGAGGAGCUCCUGUUCCCAUGGAAACACAACCAUGUACUAUGAUCAUAUCGCUCGUCCGUCUGGACUGCUCCAGCUCAGCAGUCUGAGAAGCAGAGGCCAGACCAGAGAUAGAGAACGAAAACCCAGAACAGUGGAGCUCGCCGUGGUGGUCGACAACACAGAGUACAAGAGGUUUGGUAAUAAAGGGACAGUGGAGGCCAGAGUGCUUGAAAUAGCAAACAACGUUGACAGGCUGUAUCGUCCUGUGGGUGUCCGAGUGAUGUUGGUUGGACUUGAGAUCUGGUCGUACAGAGAUCAAAUAGAGGUCAGCUCCAGUCCUGAACAAACCCUCAGCCGCUUUCUCGAGUGGCGCCAGCGGAACCUCCUGCCGAGGAUGAAGCAUGACAACGCACAAUUCAUCACAGGCUUGGAUUUCGAAGGGGUCACGGUCGGUCUGGCCAACACAAAUGCAAUGUGCACCUCGAGCUCGGGAGCGGUCAAUGAGGACCACAACAAUAACGCAAUAGGAGUGUCCUCUACCAUCGCCCACGAGAUGGGUCACAACUUGGGCUUGUCUCACGAUACGGAGAAUUGUAUCUGCGGUUCUUUGACAUCAAAAAAAGGCUGCAUUAUGGCAGAGAGCGUCGGUUCCGUGCCUCCAAAGAUGUUCAGCAGCUGCAGCCAGCAGCAGCUCAACAGGUUCCUGGAGGAGAUCAACCCAGCGUGUCUGUUGGAUACCCCCUCUACUAGUCGCCUUUAUGGUGGGCCAGUGUGCGGUAAUGCCUUCCUGGAGCCCGGUGAGGAGUGUGACUGCGGAACUGUAGAGGAAUGCAAGAAUCCCUGUUGCAACGCUACCAACUGCAAACUUAGCACAGGAGCCCAGUGUGCCGAGGGUGAAUGCUGCCACAACUGUGAGCUCAAAGCGUCUGGCAGCGUCUGUCGGCCAAAGACAGGAAACUGUGACUUGGCAGAGCACUGCUCUGGACUGUCCGCCUCCUGUCCUGCCGACGCCUACGCCCAGAAUGGGCUGCCAUGCAACCGUGGGAAAGGAUACUGCUACAACGGACAGUGUCCGUCGCGACAGCAACACUGCAAGAGACUUUGGGGACCAGAUGCUGAAGUCGCUGCAGAUGCUUGUUUCUAUCAGCACGGAGGCUGCAGAAAGAGCCUGUUUACCCGUAGAUGUUUUGGCCAAGAGCAAUCAUGCGGGACGCUUUUCUGCUCGGGAGGGUGGGAGUUCCCAGUGACAUCCAGGAAGUCCUUUUACAAAGUAGGAAAUGAGGAAUGUAACGAGGCGACCAUGAACCCUGAAGACAACUACCCUGCAGACCUGGGCAUGGUGCCCACCGGUACCAAGUGUGGCAACAAUAUGGUAUGCCACAACCAAAAGUGUCAAGACAUCACAAACAUAAGAGCGUACGGAACCAACGACUGCUCCACCAAAUGCAACAACCAUGGGGUUUGUAACCAUCAGAGCAAGUGUCACUGCGAUCCUGGUUGGGCUCCACCUUACUGUGAGGUGCUGGAAUCGCAAGUGUCCGACGGCGGGGGAAUGGGGCUUAUUGUGUCCCUGGCUGUAAGCUUGCUCAUAGUCGCGACCCUUCUCAUCGGGGGCUCCGUGUGCUGCUGCCAGAAAAUACAACCUUCAAAGAGAUGCCUCCCAUCUACCUCAGGACAGACAAAUCCUUUGUUUCGAUCAGGCAAUGCGCGGGGCAGCCCUCACCUUCGUUCCACAACCAUCAGCCAACCAACUUUUGUGGAGUCGUCGGCUACUCAAGUGUGUAAACCGCAUUCCUUCUCCAUGGUUGGACCAUCGAAUGCCAGGUUCAAAGCCUGCAGAACAGCUCCUGAGCCCCCCAAAAAGGAACCAACUGUACCUCAGCCAUCAAAGAUCCAACAGGGUUUAAGGCCACUCUUGCAACCACCAGCAGUGCCAAGCAAGCCUAUCUACACUGAGGCUAGGCCGCUACCUCCAUCCAGACCUCUUCCGCCACUGACGUCCAAACCAGUCACAAAGCCAAAACUUGUCACGCCUCCAGUGAAGCCAAAGCCCGCCGUUGUCCCUCUGCAGCUGCCUCACACUCAGCUGCUUGCAGGAAAAGCUGCCCUGACUCGACUCAGUAGACCCAGAUGACCGAGGGGAAUCAUUCCACUUCUGAAAUCCUCAGAUACUGAUGCUCUUAUCUCACCUACAAGGACUUAAAAAGAAGAAAAAAAAAAAAGCUCUCAGGAGACGUUGGUGUAGGUUCAUGCAGGGAUGAGACCCAGCUGAAGGAUCAACAACAAAAAUCAGCGGAAUUUCUUUUUCUUUUUAUUUUUUUCUUACGCCGUGAGGAUUACCACCAUCUGCCUUGCUUCUUUUUAAAACUGUGAUUGACAGCUCUUUUUGCUGCGCCACCAUGAUGAGACGACGAUGAUCUGUUUGAAGGGAAACAUCUCUUCCGCUUCUCCUCGAUCCUGAGAUAUGUGAACGCUUUAUGAUUGCACUGCUGAUGCUGUAACUCUUUUUUCAUUGUUUUGGUACUAAGAGAAGUUUUUAAAUGUGGCACCAACGUGGGCACUUUAAAUAUUUUUGUAUGAUAAAAGGACAGAGCGUAGAGGGGGGUUUCGGGAGCCCCUACCCAGCCUGUUUUAGAUGUUUCUCUAGCUCCAAUAUAUCAGAGUCAAAUGAUCAGCUCAUCAGCAAGCUGCGCACAAACCUGGUAAUGGUGUCUCAUUUGGAUGAGGUUUGUUGGAGCUAGGGAAGCAUCUAAAUCAGACUGGAUAGGGGCUCCCUCAGGACCAGACUUGGAGACCCACUGAUGUCGAUUGUAUGAAUUUGCCUUGAAUCCAUUUGUGGGACUGUAUGAAUGUACAAAUUUGUGCUUGACAAUUGUCUUUUUCACAUUGCAACCCAAGUCAAUUUUAACUUCUCAAGGGAUUAAAAAAAAAAAAAAAUUGUAUGUUCUAUGCAGUAGUUGUCGUCACAUUGUCGCUUAUAGAAGUAAUAAUAACUAAUUUAACGAGGACACAAAUUUCAAUCCGAGUUUCAUUUCUAUUUAUAAAGACCAUCGUGUGUGCAUGCAUGUGUUUAAAUAAAAUUACAGAAAACUUGA